CGAAUUUGUAACCAACAACCAAUCCACAACACAGCAUUGGUAUCGCAAACUUGCAGGAAGCAUCACAACACCAUUUUCGUUGGAUUUCUUACGGUUUGAGAGAUAGAAUACCAACUAGAAAUAUGAUCACCACCACCUCAACACGAUCGCAACCCUUUGUUGUUCCUUCAACUCCGAAUGGCAUGCGAACCGGCAAUCCAAACUGUUCCCAGCGCAGCGUUUGUUUAGGAUCUUCGUCGAUGAUUCGUUCGGGUCCGCCAUCGUUGUCGUCAUCUUCCCUACUGUCGGGCAUUCAGACUACAGAAAUGGACACCAGCAUGUUCCUCCUUCCCGACAAUCCCCUUUUAUCUCCAUUACUGAUCGCUACUGUUGCCCUCGUGCUGUUGAUCUCGGCCCAAUCCUUCAUCAACAAGAUGCUGGAGGGUGAUCAGGGCCUGGGGGCUUUUUUGAGCGAUGGUUCGGGGUUCAACCGAUCGGGUUUUCGCCCAAGCAAUCGCGGCGACGAUGGCGGCAAAGACAAGGAUCCCUUGCCCUGGCUGAAACUGCCUAGGCUGGACUUUGUGGAGGUAGCAGGGCAAAACGAACUACCACCACCGGACGCAGCAGCGAACGAAAUGGAUGAGGAGGAAAGGCAAAGAGCAUACGAAGAACUCGAGGGGCUCCGUUUGAGACUCAAUCGUGAACUGGAAAAUGUUCGCAAGCGUCGAGCCCAAGACGGAGAAACUUCGACGGGAGACGACAUGGCAGAAGCCAGACGACUCCAAACAAAGCUGGAGGGACUCAUGAAACUGUAUGGAAUCGAGUACGAGACCGAUUGAUGCAAGACAAAAACAAUGCGAAAAAUUUAACAUAAACCAGCGGCUACUGA